ACUCAUUAACCUAACCUGUUUCUGUGUGUUUUCUCUGUCUGUCAGGGGUCCGGGGAGGCCUCAGCGAGAGGGACAGCCAUGGACGGAGACUGUCUGAGCUGCAUCAAAUACCUCAUGUUCGUCUUCAACUUCCUCAUCUUCCUGGGAGGCUCCUUCCUCCUGGGUGUGGGUGUGUGGGUGCUGGUGGACCCUACAGGCUUCAGGGAGAUCGUAGCAGCCAACCCUCUGCUCUUCACUGGGGUGUACAUCAUCCUGGCCAUGGGGGCGAUGCUCUUCCUCCUGGGCUUCCUGGGCUGCUGCGGAGCCAUCCGGGAGAACAAAUGUCUGCUUCUCUUUUUCUUCAUGCUCAUCCUGUUAAUCUUUCUAUGGCAGAGUUGUCUGCAGCCAUCCUGGCCGUUUCAAUUCCGGGAAGCAUGUGAGUACCGAGACCCCUGA